UUCACCGACCAGCAUUACACCACAGGUCACAGCAGGACAGAGGAGCAGCAGGCUGACAGUGAGAUAUCAUCACUUUGAAGCAGUCAUCACCUUUAGAGACCAGUAUUGUUACAGGACAGUGUACACACACUAGCAAGUCUUGAGAGAUUGAAUCCAGUAGGCACAAUGGCAGACAGCGGGAAAACUAAUGAGACUGGAGCUGCAACAGCAGAACCAGCUAAUGGAGAGCAGCAGAAUGUUGUAUCCCGAGUGAGCAGUUUACCUCUGGUCAGUUCAGCUUGCGAGGUGGUGUCCAGCGCCUACAGUAGCACCAAAGACAGCGUGCCCUUGCUGAAGGGAGUGAUGGAUGCAGCAGAGAGUGGGGUCCGAACCCUGGGAGCAGCUGCCACCACGGGGUCCAGGCCUCUCCUGGACAUUAUAGAACCGCAGCUUGCGACAGUAAAUGAGUACGCCUUGAAAGGACUGGAUAAGAUGGAGGAGAAGCUGCCUAUUCUUCACCAACCAGCAGACAAGGUGGUGUCGGACACCGUGGGUAUGGUGUACCAGUCGGUGGCAGGGGCCAAAGACGCUGUGGUAGGGGCUGUGAUGGGCGGUGUCGAGCUGACCCGGGCAGCAGUCAGCGGAGGUAUCAUCACCGCCAUGGGCACCAGGAUGGGCCAGAUGGUCAGCAGUGGGAUGGGCCUGGCCCUGAGCCGAUCCGAAGACUGGGUUGACCAGAACCUGCCGCUCUCUGAGAGGGAGCUGGCUGCUGUUGCUGAACCCGCCACCAGUGAGGUGACUACCCCGUCGGCCAGCCCCGGCUACUUCGUCCGCUUGGGGAAACUCUCUGCCAAAGUACAGGAACGAGCCCUCCAGCAGUCCCUGGUCCGUGCACGGCAUGCCAGGGAUAGCACCUACACGGCAGUAGCUCAGAUUACCAGUACUCUGGACCUGCUAGAAAGUGCCCGUACCAGUUUGGGUACUGCCAGUAACCAGAUAGGAGGAGCCUCAGAGCAGCUGAUACAGCGCUGGACUGAGUGGAAGCAGAAGCAGGCUGGAAGCGGACAGACUGAGUCAGAGCCAGAUGGGACCAAAGAUGAGGCUGAGCAACUGGAAUGGAGGGUCCUCUCCAUGGUGCGGGGUCUGAGCAACCAGGUGAGGUCUGCGUGCCACAAUGUAGUGUCAAGUGCUCAGGGUCUGCCAAGUGCAGUCCAGGACCAGCUAACCAGCGCACGGCGAUCAGCUGAAGAACUGCACUCCUCUCUUGGGAGCACCAGCACCAUCACACCCGUCCUUCUGGAGCGGAGCCGUCACCACCUGACCCAAGUUCAACAGUCCCUGGAUAGUGUCAUGGAGUAUCUCCUAAACAACACACCACUCAACUGGCUGGUGGGACCUUUUGCCCCUCAGAUCACUGAGAAGGCAGAGGAAGAUGUGGUGAUGGAGCAGAGUGGACCACACAAGUAGACCUGAAGACUUUGUUGCGUUGUUCCACGAGUUAAUCAUUGAGUUACAGAGAACUAUCAUUAACUGUAGAUGGACCAUUUUAAAUACAUAUGUGUGCACUGUAUAUAUAUAUAUAUAUACACACACACAAAUAUGUGUGUGUGUGUGUGUGUUUGUGUUUGUGCUUGCUUAGGCCUUAAAUGCAUGUGAUCAUGGUUUCUUUAUAAUGCACCACAUUUUAUCUUAUUAGUUGAUGACACUACAUUUACGAUGUUGCAGUUAAUGGAAUUUAAUAAGAACUGAGAGCUGUGUCCUGUGGCCUUAGAGAAUUUACAGAUUAGUGCACUUUAGUAUUUAUCCUGGAAAAGAUUUAAGUAUUUUUACAUCUGGUCAGGAUUCUUUGUCCAUAUGUGCCUGCACUGGUGUUUCAAAGGCUUGUCGGUGCCUAAAUGAAUUUGCAGAACUAAGCCAAAUGUAUGUUGCCUGUCAACACCAAGACAGUUCUAGGAGUCGAAAAUCCCUCUGUGAGAAUAGGACAGACAUAAAUAUGCAUCUUUAAUGAGAUGUAGAGUUGUUGUUGUGAUGCAUUCAUUUGUCUUUAGGUUUGCCCUUUUAAUUUCAGUGUUUUGUGAAUGAACCUUGAUGAGUUCAUGGAAGCAGCUAGUGAACUGUCAAUGAGCUGACAUGCUAAUAAAAUUGUU